AUGGCCAAACUGAUUUUUCUCAUCUUUUUAUGUGUUACUACACUUGUAAAUCUUGCAACAAGCCAAACCCCGUUAGUGUCAAACUUUUGUCAUAGAGCAGUAUUUGUAGAAAACUUUUGCUUAAAAUUUCUUGGAUCAGAUCCUCGUUCUAAAACAGCAAAAACUGAUCAUGAUCUUGAGGGAAUAACAAUUGAUUUGGGGUCCAAGACAGUAAGAGCAGUAAUUAAUAAAGCCAUAUCACUGUCCCAAAGUGCAAAAAAUCCAAAUGUAAAGGCUGCUUUGAGUUCUUGUUUACAAGAUUAUAAUCUGCUCAGUUUGGAUAUUUCAAGCAUAAAAGCAGCUUUCCAAUCUGGAGGAACUAUAGGUCAACAAGGAGCAGAUGCUAGGCUUGCUGUUUCUAAGUGUAACCAAGCUUUUGGUGAUAAGAAAUUACCAAAUCCUCUUUCACGUGAUAAUGAUAACUUGUUGUCAAUCAUUCAACUAAUCCUUGUUAACGGGGUGUAA